ACCAAACUGUAAACAUCCAACUAGAUACAUUUAUAUGUACACCAAGUCUAAUAAUUAAACUCUGAAAUGAAAUAAUGCAUUUAUAACAAAGUCCAUACACACGGCAUCCUCUCUUCUCGCAUCUCGCUCUUUUUUAUAUUUACUGUUUUUAUUUCAAUCUUCGAUUUCAUUUUCUUGGUUUCACUUUUAAAAAUAAUGAAAGCUAAAAAAGAGAUGAAGAAAGAGAGCAACUUAGCAAGGUUGGUGAAAUCUCCGGUUCGUUUCUUGAUCAUGGCACGUGACGCUUACAUACGUAGCAUGACGUCAUGCUCCGCCGGUUUCAUCCGCGGUGGUGGUGGCUGUGGCUCCGGUGUUUUUGGGUUACCUGCCGGUAGUUUUCAAAUCUGCGAAGCUCAAAGCACCGCUCUCCCUCGUAGCUUCACCUUAAACUCUGCCACGACAACACGUGAACGUUGUAGAUUUGUCUCGAGCGGCGGAGAAAUCUCGGUGGAGACUACGAUGGCGAUGAGACGACGGAUGGAUCUUCGGAGAAAUUAUAGCUGUGCGGCGAUGGGAAGGAUCGAUGAAGACAAGGUUUGUGAUGAGUUUGAAGAUGCGGAAUCUUUACUUGAUUAUAGCAAAAAAAGAAAAAUAAUCGGUGGAGUUUUUACCACUCAUCAACAAUAAAAGAAAAAAACCGAAGACCAAAUUUAAAAUAUCUCUUCUUGUUUUUUUCUUUCUCUCCCAUUUCUGAUUAGAUUCAAAAUGCCAAACAGCUAAAGGAAUGGAUUCUGUGUGCAUUGUUCAAGCGUGCGUGCUUAUCAGAUUUCUUGUUUUUGUAUAUAUAAAGUUCAAUAUCAAAAUUCACAUAGAUCAAAUAAGAAUAGGAGGAAAUUCAUAUAUUGAUAUGAUCAUUUAGUUUCAUA